AAUAACAAUAAUUUUAAUAUAAAUGGUUCUAAUAAAAAUAUUGUUCCAGCGAGGGCACGCAAUGAUAGUGCAACCUAUGUAAGUUCCUCAAACAAUGCAAAUGUUAAUAGGCUAAAACCGAAUGUCAUAAGUAAGGCUAAGGACAAUCAGCAAGUAACAAAGAAUAAGAAUAUACGUAUUAUAUCAAUAAAUGAUUUUAAAAAGUUGUAUGGAAAUACAAAUCUGAAGACUAUGCAAAAGCUGCCACAAUCGGUUACGAGCCAACAACGUGUUAUAAAUUCAAGGCAGCCAAUGCAAAUGAAGCAACAGCAGGUUCGUUAUUUUGUUGUGAAGUUGGAUAUGAAAUGUGUAGAUGGCGGUAGUAACAGACAACAAUCCGUUCCACAAGACAACAUCGCUGUGCUUGAAGAGGAUAUACUACCCCAUAUAAUACAAGUAUCCAGCAAAGAUGAAAACGACAUUAUAGAGCAUGAAGCACAAAAAACACAAGCGAUUGUAAAGACUGUGCCGGUGCCGUCUCAUCAACAAUCUACAGUUCCAAAACAAGCUGUGCGCCUUGUACCGGCUAAACGUGUUGAACAUAUGAAUACCGUGCCAGUGCGCCAAAUUAAUGCAGCCAAAACCAUCAAACUUAAUCCCACUAAACCUCCAGUAAAUCAGGAAAGCAGCAAAACAACGUCAUUUUCGCCGUCAGUUAUACCUCUACUAACUGUACCCGAAAUCUGUAGGCAGUUAUUGGAGUUGAGAAAGCAGAAUGAGGAACUUAGAAGAAAAUUCGAAAUAGCCCAGAAGGAAAAAGAAGAAUUACGCCAACGUCUGGAUCGCUUGGAAGAAUUGCUGCUUGUGGAGAGGACCGAAGAUGAAUAUAACCAUUCAUAGUUUUACUAAUAUUGUUGUUU